CAUAGUGGGAUUCGUAAUAUCGCCUCCCGGAACUCCGCAGCCGCAUCGGCUCUAAUUUCAAUAUCGGGGUUCGGUCCAACAUGGCGGCUUACGGAUGGAAAUACUGAUGACAGUCCGAAAGAUCGCCUCGAUUUGUACGAUGGGCGCCAAUGCCUCUGCCUUGGAAAAGGAGAUUGGACCGGAACAGUUUCCCGUUAAUGAACACUACUUUGGAUUGGUCAACUUUGGCAACACCUGCUACUGUAACUCAGUGCUGCAGGCUCUGUAUUUCUGUCGACCGUUCAGGGAGAAGGUGUUGGCGUACAAGGUGCAGCCGCGUCGUAAGGAGUCGCUCCUCACCUGUCUAUCCGACUUGUUCAACAGCAUUGCCACACAGAAGAAGAAAGUCGGAGUCAUCCCUCCCAAGAAAUUCAUCUCACGACUGAGAAAAGAAAAUGAGCUGUUUGACAACUACAUGCAGCAGGACGCCCACGAAUUCCUCAACUACCUCCUCAACACCAUCGCGGACCUGCUGCAGGAGGAGAAGAGCCAGGAGCGACAGCAGAAUGGAAAACUGGUUCAGAAUGGAGGAGGAGGGACAGGAGGAGGAGGAAGUGAGGGAGGAGAAGGGGAAGGAGGAAAGGAGACACAACAGACUUGGGUCCAUGAGAUUUUCCAGGGAACACUGACCAACGAGACUCGCUGCCUCAACUGUGAAGCUGUGAGCAGUAAAGACGAGGACUUCCUGGAUCUGUCGGUGGAUGUGGAGCAGAACACCUCCAUCACUCACUGUCUCAGGGGCUUCAGCAACACCGAGACGUUAUGUAGUGAAUACAAAUACUACUGUGAGCAGUGUCGCAGCAAACAGGAAGCCCAGAAAAGGAUGAGGGUAAAGAAGCUGCCGAUGAUCCUGGCCCUCCAUCUAAAGCGCUUUAAAUACAUGGACCAGCUGCACCGCUACACCAAACUGUCCUAUCGCGUUGUCUUCCCCCUGGAGCUGCGCCUCUUCAACACGUCCGGGGACGCCACCAACCCCGACCGCAUGUACGACCUGGUGGCUGUCGUCGUACACUGUGGCAGUGGGCCAAACCGCGGACACUACAUCACCAUUGUCAAGAGCCACGGCUUCUGGCUGCUGUUUGAUGACGACAUCGUAGAGAAAAUCGACGCCCAGGCGAUCGAGGAGUUCUACGGUCUGACAUCGGACAUUUCCAAGAACUCUGAAUCAGGAUACAUCCUGUUCUACCAGUCCAGAGACUGAACCAGACAGCGGUAAAUCCCCCACAGACUGUCACCCAACAGAGGGGAAGGCUCUUAUGGCUGCCACCGGCUCCGCCCAGUAGGCUCACAUAAGCGUCCAGGCUUUAUAUCCUGCAGGGGGAGCUUUGCACUGGAGCGCCACUCGGAUCGGUUAAGACGUGCAGGUCGCAUGCCAGCCUCCUGGAUUACAACCGUUCAAACUCCUCUGAGCCCACACUGCAAAAAGCACUUUAAAACAAACCAACAAGAUGGCUCAAUCUGUAACACUCGCUUUGCACUGGGGCAACUGGGAAGACCGAGUAACACCAAUCCAAGAGGCUGACAUCGCCGUGCCCACAGUGAUCCAUUUUUGGAGGUAAAAGCCGUUUGAGACUGUUGAGAUGAUGUAGAGUAACCAAAUCAACUGUUUCAGAUGAGACACAGGAUUGCUAUCCUCCUCGUCAUGGUAACCACCAGUGUCAUCACAGUCUUCUUUAGCCUUUUUUUUUUUUGUGUGUGUAAUAUACCAAUGCUAAAUUAGCUUUAGGCUAACACACAGGUACCAUGCGUUCACUCCCCAAAAAUCCUUUCGCACACGGAGAAAAUAAUAUCUGACCGCCUUGUUAAAAGCCCCACCUGCCAAAACCACUGACACAGCCUUUAGUGAUUGAAAGUCUUGAAUGUGUACUUGGCGCGCAGCUCGUUGAAGUUGCUAGUUUGCAGUGUUUGUAUCAUGAAGUGGUGCUAAUAACGUAUAGUGUUAUAGAGCGUGAAAUGAAAACCAGCCACCAGAGAGAUGUGGAAGAAUCCGAUAGAGAGGCUCAUUAGGUUAGUUUUUUACCAAGAAAUUAUCUUGAGUAUAAAAAAAUAUGAAAUGCUGUCCAAAAAUACAAUUGCAUUAAAAGAGUGGCUCGGUUUCUGUAAAUUGCAGUUAAAGUCAGUUUGUCCAAUCUAGACAUUCUUCAGCAAAAAUUGGCAAAAACAAUGAGCCUCACAGAUCACCAACAAUCCUGUUUCAGUUUUUAAAGGCUAGCUAGCAAAGCAGUGCGUGAAAGUGGCUGGUCAAAGUUUUAGUUUUAAAAUAACUGGUGUGUCGUGCCAUUACGGGUCAUGUUUUGUGCCACAGCGGUUAAAAAGAUAAACAUAAACUAACUUUUUUUUCAAGCGGGCUUUUCGUGGUUAUGACAGCAAGCACAGUCUUUCAAAGAUCUGUGUUUAACAUUUUAUGACUUUAUAAAAUUCCAGAAUAUGCAUAUUUGUACCAUUAUUAAAGGGACACAUACAGAGACAAAUACUUUUUAUUUCCUUUAAGUCAGUUAUGACACCCAAACUGUCACACUACGUACAGGUUGAAUGUCUGCAUUUUUUUUUUUGUUCCUUAUUAAUGCUUUAUUUCCGGAGAUGUAACUCUUAACACCUCCAUACAUAUGCCAAUGCUGCAGCUGGUUCAGUACACCUCAUUAUAUCAGCCACCAAUCACACGCCUGCAAAUUCCUACUCUGGCUUAAGCGUUUCUCCUGCAGCUGCAGCUCUGGCAGGCAGUCAGACCUUUUACAUAACAUGUUUUUCACUCCAGAAUCUUAAAUUGGAGCUCUCAGUAAUGCUGAGUGAUGCUAACGGUCUGCUGAUGUGGAGCUCGUCCACUGUUUGUUGACGGCAUGGCAUAUUUCAUGAAGUACGACGAAAACUGCUGAGACACAGGUCUCGGUGGUUUUAAAAUGGAUUCCUCUCCUCCAUAUCUUUUAAUCCUCCUGUUGUCCUCUGGUCAAAUUUGACCCGUUUUCAGAGUUUCUUCAUCAGUAAUUUGGGUUUCUUUCAAGCAAAUUGCAAAAGAAUUACACGGAUGGUUUCUAUAGUGAUGAGUAUAAUUAAUGAUCAGUUCCCUGCUUUCAUUUAAUUGUAAUUAAUCUCUAGCAAAAAGGGCAAUGUUUCCAGAUGGUAACAACUUCUGAUUUAAUGUUGACACAUACUAUUUUAACAAAUACAAAUGUGUUACAUUCCAUCUCUUAUCAUUGUAAAUUCAAACCGCUUUUUCAGUUGUUGGUUAGACAACUGAAAGUCUUUCCUCAGCUCUAGGAAUUAUCUUUUGGCCCUUUUCUUAAAAAAAGAGUUGUAGGCAUGCUGAAAUAAGAGUGCUUUCAAAUGGGUUUUUUAUUUUUUUCUAAGGAAAGGAGAAACGGGAGCCAUUUUAAAGCCUUUACUUGUUAACUCGAGCCGACUGAUGGGCAACAACCUUUAUCACCUCUGUUUUUCUUUAAUUUAACACACAAACAAACCAAAUGUAUUUUUUUUUAGACUUGUUUUUUAAAGUGUUUUACACCGCCAAGCUCGUGAGGCUCCACCCAACUGGGCUGUCCAAGGUUAACAAACAAGCUCACCCUGUCACUCUUUUAACAGAGCUGCAGCAGAUGGAAAGAGAACGGAAACAUGCCUGUAGCUUUUAAAGAUGUUUAUAUUCUACAGUAGUUGAGUUGCCCGGGCAAUGGGUCAACUAUUAUCUGAAUGUUAAAUGUACAGUAAAAUAAAAAUAGGGCUGCUGCUACUGCUUGACCUGUAAAACACCAUAUUGAGUGGGGCAUGUCUCAAUAAUCUAAAGUUGCUCUCUCUCGUGCUAAAACAAGAAAAGCACUUUUACAACAUUCAUUUGUAACAAAUACUAUUAUUCUGAAAAAAAAUGUAUUUCCUUUGGAGUCUUUUAUUUUGAUAAGCAAAAGUAAUGGCGGUCAGGGUAAUCUGUUGCCCCGAUUUAGUUUGUAUCCAAACUCUAAGUCACUCCUAUGUUUUAGUUUAGGCAGUUAAAAUCUGUUUAUCACAACGACAGAAGUGUGCGUUUUAAGUUGUUCAAGAACGUCUCACUUGUUUACUUAGUUUUCAAAACGCCGUAAAGGACUGAAAAGGAAGGGAGCAACUUCAGGUGACACGUCCCAAAACACUUUACACUGGGUUGAGGCUUUGAAGUCAACACUAUUUUCUUUUCCUUUCUUUGCUACCCUUAAAGCUAUAGUGCGUAGUUUCUGUCUCCCCCAUGAGGAAUUUUAAGUAAUGACAUCAAUUCUGUCGGUGCAUCCACAUGACAAAAGCCUUCUGUGAACGCACUUCACCCCCAGCCCUCCACCACGCAGUUGCUAGUAGCCAAGGAGGACAAGGAGGAUAAAAAAAACACGAACUCUUCAAAAGAGGUCAUUAUCUUCACUCGAGUUUCUCCGCGCGAAAGUCGCCGAACGACACCAUUUUCUAAACAAAGCCAUGCUGAGAAAUAGAGUUUUGUCCAGCUGAUGGUCUUAAUUAGCUUUGUAUCAACUCUUUUGGCUUGAAUGUAACGGACGUUCAUUAUUAUCAAAAAGUUACGCACUAAAGCUUUAAACUCAACUAAUCUUCAUGAAAGGAAGAUGUUUUGCGUAGUAUUAAAUCUGUUUUGGGAUCAAUCCACUUCGUUUCCAUCAAUUCUACAAUUUUUUGAAAGUCAGACAACCUAGUUUACAGGUUAUAUCCAUGCCCCAACAGAAACUGUGGACUCUUAUAAGCUACCUUCAUGUAUUUACCAAGUGAUGUGUUCAUGUGUUAAGCUUUUUAAUGAGUUUUCAUUUAUUCAUCGUAUAAAUCAACAAAAACAAGCACAAAAGCGCAUUAUUUGGGGGAUCAAAGUCCACAGAUUCAGUUUGAAGCAGGUUAUAUCUGUCUUUUAAUGAAAUGCGGUUUCAUGGAAAUCAUUGGUCCCCAAAACUGUACGUGUAUGUAAUCAACAAGACUGGUUGAACAUUUUGGCUGAAACAAUGCUCUUUUUUUUCAUUUAAAUAUUAUAAAUAUUAUUAUUAUGAAUGUCUGUUAUCUUCUUUUUCUUAGAUGUUUCAUUGUUUUUGAUAUAUUUCACUAAUUUACUAGUCUACCAUUCAUGUGUAGGCAGCUCUGGAAAGCCUAUUCAAAGAUUGUUUGUUUUGGUUCAAUUUGGGAGUAUGUAACGAGAAAUGUUGAUGUGUACAUAAAUACAGAUAUUAUUGGAAUAUAAAUUGCUUGCUUGAAAUAAUCAGCAGACCUAGAUCAAAAAGUGUGGAUAUUAUGUCUCAAAAUUCUUUUUAUUCUGUUAAUAAAUCAAUAUGCCUGGUGCUCAAAAAUGAACAACCAACCCAUCUGGCAUCCCAGGCAGCCUAAAUCAAACAGCCCCAAAGUAAAUUAGUUCAUAUUUAAUCUGACCGGUCACACUAUAGUACACAGAAAAAAACGGACUGAUUUCAUUAAGAUACACUUACUAUGAAGAAAACUAAAAGUUCUUCAUACAACAAACUGCUGUGGAGAGAGAAACUGACCAAAACUGUCCUGUGUGUCACUGUGUUAAAGGAAAAAUCCACUUUAAGUACACAAAAAUCAACUGUUGGUUGGUUCUUCUUGUCUCUCAGCCUGUUUUAUAGUUUGGUGUUUAGUUUACUUUUUCCUGUGAAUAACUAGUCAAAUGUUGAUGACUUGUUGGCACCUUGAGAAAUGUUGUUGAUAAUCACAAUGUUGAAGAGCAUUAAAAGAUGACUAUAUUGGCUUCACCAAAAAUGUAUUUAUUUUCAGUUUCAAAAAGUAUACUUCAGUAGCAAGCUUUAAAUGGAUCUUCUAUAGAGUUUGAAAAUUAUUUUUUAGAUACAUUUUCAAUACUGCUUCCAUUCCAAAAGUACUGAGUUCCAGUACUGAUACCCAAUCUUUUUUUUUAUAACUUUACUAGAGUCCUGAUAAGUCUAACAGCCAAUUUUGGCUUAUUACAGAUGUAUUGGUAUUGCAUAUAAGUCCAAGUAAUACAGAAAUGGCAGUGAUAUGUUUGAGGUUGUUUAGAAAGUCGUUUCAGACCCACAGAAUUUAUUUUUCAUUAGUAAAAUGUUCCAGUCAUUACAUAAUCUUGAUCAGAGGCAAGAGAGAGACAAGCAAAUAUAUAUUGUCUCUAAUAUUGAUAUUAGCCUUAAAUAUCAAGUAUCGGUAAAGCUAAAUAACUUACUCAGUUUUUUUUUUUUUUUUUUUAUAAUUCACAAAAAAGGUGAACAUUCUGAGGGGUCUUUGUAUUUGUGUACAAUAAUGAAAGUAACCUAAAUGAAUUACAGCAAAAGUAAAGUCAUGACAUUAUUUGGUCAAAAAAUACAAAAACGACUAUUAAUCGGACCAAGCAUUUGGUGUUGAGCUUCAGUACUUUAUGUACUGGAUUCAAAAAUCACAUUACUUGGAUACACGGCCCUACUCAUGCCACAUUAAACUGGUCAUCAACAUUGUGAUUAUUCACCUAAUCAGAGGCUUGAGGACAUUGUUUCAAAUCAACAAACAAUCAUUUGUUGAUUUUAUUUAUGAUUUAAAAUAGAAUGUCAUCUGCAGAGAGUGAGAGCUUCUUUCUAGAGCUUAUGCUAACAUUAACCAAACAAAUAACAGGGAGAUUGUCAUUUGAGAGAUUUAAUGUAUUGGAUAUGGGAAAGGAGAUGAGAUGGGGUUGGGGGAAACCGGGAGCUCCAACAUUUUCUCACCAAAUAACUAAUUAAAUAAACUGACAUCUGCGGGUGGAUUUUUCCUUUUAACAGUUUCAGUUCUGUCUUCUGAAAUGUUCCUUCAGGCCUUUGGACGUCCACAUCGUCCCCUACUUUUCACUCACGAAGAAUGUAAAUGUUUUGAACCCAGUAUGUUGACGGGCGGAAAGUGACUCAAUGUGUCAUUAACACUGAUAAUGUACAUUGUAACUAACUCAUGUGCAAAGAGACAGCAGCCUAACGAACAACAAACCUAAUUAUUUAUAUUAUUCUAAAUAAACUAAGGAUUAAAACAGUUCCACGCCUUCAGAAAAGAUUCAAACUCCUGGGGCUUCUCAGCUUGCUACUAAGGGAUCGGAAGGACAAAGAAUUGGAUCCUUGUUGUCAAGUGUUUGUGUGGGCUGCUGCCGCUGAAGUUCAUUCUGAAUACAUGUAGAUGCAGUGAAGUUUGAGGAUGACGGCUGGUUCUAUUGGUGUCCAAACUGUUUGAAAUAAAACACAAACUGUUUUUUCAGA